AGAGUGAGUCACGCCGCCGUAGUGACCUCGUGCACAGCGUUCAACUUCAGCGACAUGAGCGGAGGAUGUGCCACAUGAAGCGGGGACGCACGCCGCUUGUGCCAAAGUUUGACACUGUGAGCCACCACUCUGACACGGACUAGAGAGCGCGCAUAAGUUUACGCGCCGUUUUUACACGUCGCUGCGCACUUGAGACUCUUGGGAUUGCUUGGAGCCCGGCGCGUGUCUUAUAUGUCCACCCGGGGAGAGAAGUAGUUUUGAGUGCUGUUGUUUGGAGCUCCGCGUAAGGAAGGAGACAUGCAGCUUCUCGGCUGGAGCUUGGUUCUCCUCUGUCAGUGGAUCCUGCACAAGGUCCAAGGGCUGGAGAAGCAGGUGGACUUCUCAGACCUGGGUCCGGUGGGUUCGGUCAUGAAGACAUUUCCAUACGGCGCAGUGGGCGGGGCAGCGGGAGGCGUGGUCAAGCCCCCCUAUCAAACGAGGGUCUUCUCCACCUCCAUAGACCAGACCCCCAUGAAGACCAAGCCCCCAACUUACAACUUCUACAACCCAUACGACGGCAGGAACCAGUCUCUUCUCUUGGACCAGACAGGCUACCGCUCCAAGCGCAAACCCUCGCUAAAGACCGCCAUGAAAACCAAAAAAAUCUUCGGAUGGGGCGAUUUCUACUUCAAUGUCAAGACGGUGAAGUUCAGCCUCUUGGUCACGGGCAAAAUCGUAGACCACAUCAAUGGCACCUUCACAGUUUACUUCCGGCACAACUCGUCCAGUCUCGGCAACGUCUCGGUCAGCAUCGUACCCCCAACCAAAGUGGUGGAGUUUGAGGUUUUGUCGCAGACUCCCUUGCAUCCACACACCCAACAAGAGGUGCAGAUUCACGAGACGCAACAAUCCACCGUUGAUCCCAAGGAGGUGAAAACAUUCAACUGCCGAGUGGAGUACGAAAAGACCAACAGAUCCAAGAAGCCCAAACCCUGCCUGUACGACCCCUCGCAGACCUGCUUCACGGAACACACCCAGUCCCACGCCGCUUGGCUCUGUGCAAAGCCCUUCAAAGUCAUCUGCAUCUUCAUCUCCUUCUUCAGCAUCGACUACAAGCUGGUGCAAAAAGUGUGUCCGGACUACAACUUUCAAAGCGAACACCCUUACUUUGGAUAGUAAUGACAAGACUGGACUCGACAGAAAUAUCAAAAGUAUAGACUCUAUAUGGACUAUAUGGAAGAAGCAGUGGACGAUUAUUUCUGCUUCUCCAAAACUGCUGUGAAUUGUGGAUUUAAAUUUAAAAAAUAUACUCACAGUUAUGGAUGAGAUGCUGUAUGGAUGGCGCCAAUUCAUUUUCCAACUUUGUAUUUGUUUUAAUUCCAUUUCUUUCUGUAAAUAUUGUACUCACCCUCACAGUUCAAGAGGUAAGAGACUGUAGUGGGCACAAGUGACACUAGCAGCUGUUUAUAAUGCAUUAUAGAGAAAUUAUAACACAGUUGUAUGUGCUAACUACCUAAACUCUCAAAUAAUAUGCAAUAUGCCAGAUUUGUAGGAAACUGUAGCGUUAGUCUUUCAAAUUAUCAAUCUUAAACAAAUAUAAAUGGUGUAAUCCUUCAUUAAAUCGCAUAUUUCUGUCUACACAUUGGUAAGACUCCACCAGAUGAUGUCAAAUAAAUAUUACAAAUUGCUCAAACAUGUAUGAAAUGAAACAGAAUUCAACUAGCACCAGAUUUUUACUUAAAAGCGUGAACACAGAACUAGUUUCAAAUAGUUUGCAGUGGUCCAAAGUUAUUCCUCACUUACCUUAUACAUUCCCGAGAAUCCUGGUUAUUCAUCGUGAGCGCUUUUCACAACGCUCACAGACUAGAGCGGAGUUUUGCUGAGACUGUAACGCUAACAACAAAUAGCAUGCUUCCUCAUUAUCGGACAUUAAACUCUUUGUAAUCACAUGCAGACGGCACGCAGUGGACAAAUUUUGACCUCAAGAGCUGUUUGUAUAAUAUAUCUGUACUGGGGCAAGACAAUUUUUGCUCAAAUACAUGGGAAAAAAUCAAACAAAAAAACAUUAUCUCAUGUUUUAUUCAGUAGCCUAUGAGAAAUUGAUUUUGGUCACUUGUGCCUUUUACAUUCUCAACCCUCUAGUUAUUAUUUUAGGCCUUGUUUGUCUUAUUCCCUUUUGCAGUUGGAGACUUCUGGCCAAAUCAUGUAUGGUGGCCAGUGGCAAAUGGUAGUCUGACUGUUAACCAUCCUCUCUAUUAUACAUUACCAAAAUCCUGGACAUAAGAGAGAUAUAUGUAUGAGAAAUGCUAUGCUGGAUAUGCAUACAAUAUACUGUAUAAAAAAGCACAUUAAAAUCCUCUAAACCGCC